CAACCCACAAGCUUUCCACCCCCAAUAAACCCCCCACAAAGAGAAUAGAUAAAUGAGGAAAAAUAAUAAAUUGGAAAAAUUGCUUCUUGAACUUGCCUUUCUUCUCUGAUCACGCGUUGUUGUUGCUCAUAAAUUCUGGAAUCGAAUCACUCUCUUUGCUUGUUCUUCACACACUGUCACCCCACUAUCCUCAGUAUGAUUCUUCAAAUAAAUCGUACAUAAAUUCGGUCGUGUUUUGUGAGUGGACUCGGUGCCUGAAUGCUUAGCUUGGUGAAAUGAAAAUCGAAUCUUGGAUUCAGGGUUAAGCUUCUUUUUCAAUGGCGAUCAAAGGCGUCGAUUUCAAGUGGUAUGAUGGGUUCUUCUUGUCCAUGCUUGCGACAAGCAUAAUAAUUGUGGCUAUCAAUUGGGACAAGUACCACUCAUGUACUUAUCCGUUGCACGUAUGGAUUGUGGCUGAUUAUACCACAGUGUUUAUUUUCCGGCUCUUGAUGUUUGUGGACAAUGGAUUGGCUGCUGGAAUGGGAUUGGAUCUCGGCUGGCAGCAAAGAUAUGCACGUUUUGUUGGGAGAGCUGUUGUACUUUCGAUUCUUGUUCUGCUACUUUACCCUUUCCUUUUGGCUUGGACUGUUGUUGGCACUCUUUGGUUUUCUCAUUCAAAAAAUUGUCUGCCGGAGGAUGGUCAGAAAUGGGGUUUUCUUAUAUGGUUGCUUUUCAGCUAUUGUGGGCUUGUGUGCAUUGCUUGCAUCUGUAUGGGAAAGUGGUUAACAAGAAGGCAGGCGCAUCUAUUGCGUGCACAACAAGGGAUUCCUGUUUCUGAAUAUGGUGUUUUGGUUGACAUGGUUAGGGUCCCAGAUUGGGCUAUUGAAGCUGCUGGGCAAGAGAUGAGAGGAAUGGGCCAAGAUGCCGGUCCAUACCAUCCUGGACUUUACUUAACCCCAGCCCAGAGAGAGGCAGUGGAAGCACUUAUUCAAGAACUUCCAAAGUUCCGCAUGAAAGCAGUUCCUACCGACUGCAGCGAAUGUCCCAUUUGCUUGGAAGAGUUUCGUGUUGGAAAUGAGGUUCGUGGCCUCCCGUGCGCCCACAAUUUUCACGUGGAGUGUAUUGACCAGUGGCUUCGGUUGAACGUGAAAUGUCCCAGGUGCCGUUGCUCGGUUUUCCCGAACCUCGAUUUGAGUGCACUAUCCAAUAUCCAGUCAGACCUCGAGCGAGGCCCGGUUAACUCGGUCACGACAGCUCAGCAGUACAUGAGGAGCCAGUCACCGAGCCAAAGCUAUCUGCUGAGACUGCAGGGCUUGCUACGCCCAAUCAGGGCCGAGAAUGCCGGGCCCUCUGGCGAGCCCGAUGUGCAAGUGGUGGUGGUUGGGGAGUCGGGCCAGCAUCGGGCCUGAGCCCGUUUGCGCCGGGCCCUUUAUUUUUUUAGUUGGCUGUGUUUGACUGUUUUCCAAUGGUCUAACCUUUUGGAUUGGAGAAUCUAAUUUGAAACAGCAUUUUAGAAAGAGAGAAGAAGAAAAGAAUGAUGCAAUUGUGAGUAAAGGGAAAUCAGAUCAGAUGAUGGGGAUGUGUUUUGUUCAGAGGGAUUGAAUGUAAUCUUUUGUGGAAAUUGUACACUGCAUUUUGCAUGUGCUCUUUUGGACUU